GAACGAGUUGAGGCAGUAACGUAGAGUCGCGUCCUUAAACUUGGUGGAUGUGUUUCCACACGCUUCAGCCUGUGGCCACUACAGUCUCCAACGCCUCUGAGGAUGCUCUAUCUAUCACCCCAGGGGGCCCUUCGGAGAACAGGGCCAGCUUGUACUCCACCACCCAGGACACAGAAAGGAGGCUCCCCGUGGUUACCACCGCCCCACCUUUCAAUGUUCCAAACCACCACUCUCUCUACAGAAACCCUCCCCAACACCGGGCGCCACUCGGCCCUCACGGUCAGCCAAACUACUUCGAAGACAGCGGAGGAUCCAGCUCGCACCCCAGCGCUCAGCCCACCUUCUUCACCUCACCCUCCGGGACUCCCCUGGAUAAUACGGAUAAAGGGGUGUCAGAUGAGAAGGCUGAAGGCUCUAACAUGCUAACAGCCCCUGUCACGCACGCACUGGCCGCCACUUCUCACUCCAACACCCCCGUUCCUGCCACCAGAGCAGCUUUAAAAGAUCCAGAGCAUGAUCCCAUCAUCCCCUCUGCUGUUGCUACAAGGGAGACAGAUGCAGUGAGGCCAGAUCAGCCUGGACUGAAGCGGAACGUGAGGCCAGGCAGUGAUGAAGAGGAGACAACCACCACCACCAUCACCACCACCACCAUCAUCACCACCAUGCAGAGUCCAGUUCCCUGCCAGCUGAACCUGACCGGGCCAGAAGGAUACAUAGAGGCUCCACCACAGUCCAGCUCUGCCUUUCACUCCACUGUGGACUGCAGCUACUUCAUCACUGUGUAUAUGGGCUAUGGAGUGGAGGUCCAGGUGAUGAAUGUGAAUCUCUCUGAGGGCGACAAGGUGGUGUUUGAAGAUGUGGGCCGUGGGGAGAACACCAUGCUGGCCAACGAGUCCAUUCUGAUGAGGGGGCUGGUGGUGCGAAGCCACAGCAAUCAGAUCUCCAUCCGCUUCCACAGCCCGAGGUCUCAGGCUGGAUCAGUCCUGCUCAGAUACCAAUUCUUCGUGUUGAGCUGCGUCUUCCCCCAGCGGCCUCUUUAUGGUGAUGUAUCAGUGAGCAGUCUCCAUUCUGGUGGGGAGGCUUUCUUCUCCUGUCUGACUGGCUACCAGCUGCAAGGCCCCAGUGUGCUGACCUGCCGCAAUGCUAGCACCCCCUACUGGAGUGGCAAGGAACCACACUGCCUAGCUGCCUGUGGUGGUUUGAUCAGGAACGUCACAGUUGGUCGGAUCAUCUCUCCUGGUUUUCCCAGCAACUACAGCAACAACCUGACCUGCCACUGGCUGCUCGAGGCUCCCGAGGGCCAAAGACUUCACAUUCACUUUGAGAAGGUGGCACUGGCUGAGGAUGAUGAUCGGCUGCUGAUCAAGAACGGUAACAGCAUAGAUGCAGCUGCCCUGUAUGAUUCGUAUGAGGUGGAGUAUCUGCCUAAUGAAGGUUUACUCAGCUCAUCCAGGCAUCUCUUCAUUGAGCUGACUACAGAUGCUGCAGGCACUUCCACUGGCAUUGCCCUCAGAUACCAAGCCUUUGCAGCAGGCCACUGCUACGAGCCCUUCGUGAAGUACGGUAACAUGACCAGUAGCGACAACACUUGGGCAGUGGGAGCCGUGGUGGAGUUUGCCUGCGACCCUGGCUAUACUCUGGAGCAGGGAUCUGUCACCAUCGAAUGCAUGGAUCCUAUCAAUCCUCAGUGGAAUGAGACCGAGCCUGCCUGCAGAGCUGUGUGUAGUGGCGAGAUCACAGAUUCAGCUGGAGUGGUGCUCUCUCCUAACUGGCCCGAAGCCUACGAUAAAGGCCAGGACUGUAUCUGGGGGAUCCACGUCGAGGAGGACAAGAGGAUCAUGCUGGAUAUUCAAGUGUUGAACAUCGGGAAGAAUGACCUGGUGACCUUUUAUGACGGAGAUGACCUUACAGCCAAAGUGUUGGGUCAGUAUGGAGGAUCAAAGUCCCACUUUAAGCUCUACACCUCCACUGCGGAUGUCACCAUCCAGUUCCAGUCUGACCCUGCCACAAAUGUCUAUGGAUACAACAACGGCUUCAUAAUCCACUUCUUUGAAGUAGCUCGUAAUGACACCUGCCCUGAGCUUCCAGAGAUAUCUAAUGGAUGGAAGAGUACAUCUCAUCCUGAGCUGGUGCAGGGCACCGUGGUGACCUACCAGUGUUACCCGGGGUAUCAGGUGGUGGGCGCUGAGCUGCUCAUGUGCCAAUGGGAUCUUACCUGGAGCGGUGACCUACCAAGCUGUGAAAAAGUGGUGUCUUGCACUGACCCUGGAAAGGUGGAUCACAGCAGACGGGUGCUAUCAGGUCCCCAUUUUACUGUGGGUUCAACCAUCCAGUACAUCUGCGACAAGGGCUUCACUCUGUCUGGAAACAGUCUGCUCACCUGCUUCAACCGAGGAUCCUCAGGCCCCAAGUGGAACCAGAAGCUGCCUAGAUGUCUGCCUGACACCUUUGAGCCCUGCACCCACCCAGGAACCCCCACCUAUGGGAUCCCAAGCUCCAACAAGCUCCACUUUCAGCCAGGAGACACUCUCAACUACUCCUGCCUGACCGGCCACCAGCUGCUGGGUGAACCUAUUCUCCACUGUGUCCCUGGACACCCAUCCCAGUGGAGUGGGCUGCCACCUGUCUGCAAAGCCCAUCCUGCAGGGUAUGAUGAGCGCAGAUUAGAUGUGUCUACAGCAGACAUCAGACUGGAGGGGGCCCAAGUAGCUUUUGCUGUCUUCAUCCCCAUCAUCCUCCUCCUCAUCCUCAUGAUUGGGAGCUACCUCUACUUCUCAAAGGUUCAGAGGAAGCCACUACGACUCUCCCUGGCUUCCAGCUUACCAUAUGAAAACAUCUCUGGAGAAUCGACAUUUGACAGCUCUAUUUAUGAGACAACGAACAAUGAGGAAACAAGAGAGUAUGAGGUUUCGAUCUGAAGACGCCAGUGUGUGUGUU